ACUCAGGGAAAAAUGUCCAAUGCAACUGCUGAGUCUGAUUUUCUGCUCCUGGAAUUCUCAGAUGUCCGGCAACUGCAGUUUCUACACUUCACGGUUUUUCUGAUGCUGUACUUGGCAACUGUAACAGGGAACCUUCUUGUCAUCUCUUCGGUCGCCUCAGACCACCACCUGCACACCCCCAUGUACUUCUUGCUGAUGAACUUGGCCAUGCAGGACCUUGGCCAAAUUUCAGUCACUAUCCCCAAAUCCAUGAUCAAUUCCCUCCUGAAUACCAGACUCAUUUCUUACUCAGGGUGUGUUGCUCAAGUCUUCUUCUUUUCCUUCUUUGGAGUAUCUGAUUUCUGCCUCCUCACAGUCAUGGCGUAUGACCGGUAUGUGGCCAUUUGUAAUCCAUUACAUUAUGAGAUGGUAAUAAAUAGACAGGCCUGCAUUGAAAUGAUUGCUGGGGUAUGGAUAGCUGGUUUUCUCUAUGCAGGGAUAAACACUUGUGGGACUUUUGCAACCCAUUUCUGCUCUAAUGCUGUCAAUCAAUUCUUUUGUGAAAUCCCACAGCUAAUAAAAUUGUCUUGUUCUGGUUUAAAUGUAGUUGAAAUGAGUAGUAUUGGGAUUGCACUAAUCCUUAGCCUAGGCUGUUUUAUCUAUAUCCUUGUAACUUACGCACAGAUUUUUAGCACUGUAUUUAAAGUGCCUUCUGCAAAGGGGAGGCAAAAGGCUUUCUCCACUUGCGUUCCCCACCUCUUUGUCUGCUCCAUAUUUAUACUCACUGGAUCAUUUGCCUACCUGAAGCCUGCCUAUCACACUUCAUCAGAACUAGAUUUGAUAUUUGGUAUAAUCUAUUCCUUGGUUCCACCCAUAUUGAACCCAGUGAUUUAUAGUAUAAGAAACAAGGAGAUCAAGCAAGGAAUGGCAAAGGUUUUAGGCUUUAGGGUAAUUUCUUUAAAUACAUGA